GACUUAGCGGACCUAUUUAGUUUCAUACUAUCGCUCUAAUAAGACGGAUAGGGCUCUGAAGAACAGAUUGGUUAAAAUCAACCUUGUGAAGUAGUACGAACAGUUUCGGUUUAUUGUGCCAUAAUAUCGUUUGUGUUUCUUUAAUUUACGCUUCAAUACACAUCGAACAUAAAUCAGUAGUGAAAGAUUCGUUCGUUUACGGAUGCUAUAGGAGUUGAUAACCGCGGACGUACGCGAAAGUGGUAUUGCAUAUCUGCUUAAACCAUCGCAUCGCUGUAUGUGCCUGUUUGUUUUUGAGUUUCUCUCUGUUCAUAAACAAAAAAUUGACCCAAGCGACGUAAUAUCGCAUUCCCGAGCCAUUACUGAUAUCUAAUUGAAAUGAGGCUGAGCAAAUCAUUCGGUUCAAUGACGUCUCUAUGACGCUUCCUGAUCCGAUGGUCAACAGAUGCUGAAACACAAAUUCCUCGAAUCGAAUGCCAAGAGAAUGAAUAAUCGUAGUUCGUGUACUACCUUAGAAUCGAAAAUAAUCAUCGGCUAAGCGUGUCAAAACCUUAUGCUUGUUUUUCCCUUGCCAUGGUUGCGGCGGUUAGGUCAACUUUUAAAAUAUGAACAGAUUUGUGCAAUCGCUCUUUGGCAACGAGAAACACAGAACGUGAACCUUGAUGUGGACAUUUUUUUUUCAAUCAAACCUAUUUGUUAUUGUGUACUCAGAAGCUCCAUAUCUCAAAAACGAGCAACCAAGCUGAUGUGACUGAUGUGUAUCGAGCGUAUAUUUCGACGAUGUCUUCGAGGCUGGUGGUGUUUAUUCGUAAUCUGGAAACGUCAUGAGUGAUACUUAUAGAUAUAUAUUACAUCCGCUUCAACGUGAACAAUAGAAUAAUGACUACAGUGGAAAUGUGGAAAUGGAGAUUUAUGGCAUAUAAAUUAGGUUUUCUUCAUUUCAGUUCAGUUAUUUUUGCUGAGCAAUUUACAAACGGUAGCAAAACAUGAAAAGUAAAUCACAAGCCAAGCAUUCACGUAGUGCAUCGUAAGCUCGUAUAUGUAUAUCGUUUGUCGACGUAAACAGCUCGCCAAGCACAACGUCCCUAUCCAUAUGAUACAAUUGUUUAACUCAUCAUGUCUCAGAGUAGAGCAGCAACUACUUGAGCGUUCCAUUCGUAGGGUAUGCCAUGGCUUCGUCACCCAACACCUUCAAUAGUGUGAAGUAAUCAUUUUCAAUUUCGCGGAAAGAUGGUAAUCGUGAACUGUAUUGCGACACUCGAAUGUUUAUUGCUGCUCUUGAUGCACCAGAUAUAAAUAUUUCAAUGGUUGCAGAAUUUUUGCCUGUUUCAGGUUUAAAUAGGCGAGGUACAAUUCGUAAAUAUUCUUCAAGUUUAUUAAUGUGGCAGAGCUGAAUCUUGAUAGCACUUUUCAAUCGAACAAAAAUAAUAUCAAUUGUAACUACAGAGAUGUGUAUCUGAAUGUAUUUAUUCAUCAUCGUUGCACCAGAUUUACCAACCUCGAAGACAUAUUGCGCGAAGUUUUGAAAUUGUUUCAACUAAUUUUCCGUGACAAUCGAUUUAGUGAAGCAGUAUUCAAACUAUAAAAACCAUUCUCGAAUUGAAAGGUGAAAAUAAAAUGAACAAAACUCUCGAUCUCGAUCGUUAUUUUCAUGGUGAAUGUUGUGAAUGAUAAGCAGUGACUGGAUUUAGGACUGUUGAAGGAGUUGUCGUCAAAUGUGAUCGUGGUCUUCGAUAUAAAGUUACUUCCGUUGUGCUGCACAGUGUCGAAGAAAUGAAACUGAUCGCGUUCGUCUGCCUGCUGACGGUGUCACUGGCUGGAGCUUCAACAGAGAGAGCAAAAUGUAAAGACGUAGCGUGUCCUGCCCCUGAACCAUGUCCCGACGAUAGCGAAUUGAAACCUGUCACGAAGCAUUAUUCCAAUCAUGUUCACCACCAUCUCGAUAGUUACGCUAAGGAUUUCACCCGAACCAGGCGCGCUCUCGCCUAUGGCGGACGGCAAAGAGAAACGAUAAAAAUAAUUCCAGGAGCUUACGAUCAUCACAAUCGUAAACGUAGUAUUAUUAUUACUGAUGAUGAAAUGCUUCUUCAACACUGUUGUACACAAUACGAAUGCGUAUGCAAGCCCAAUUAUUGCGACCAGGAAUGUCCAGCAAAUAAAAUACCUGCAAAUACAACCAAUCCCACCGAGAAAUUUGGAGUCCCUGGUAAUUGUUGCGUUCCCUGCAAGGAUAGUUAUUGCAUGCAUAAUAGGAAGUACCGCAAGCAUGGAGAUUGGUGGUCUGACGAAGAAUGUACUACCUGUACAUGUGAAUAUGGCAAAGUGAAUUGUCUGACAACCUUGUGUAAGGCACCAAAUUGUCUAAAAUAUAAGGAAAUACCUGGAGAAUGUUGUCCUGUUUGCGAUGAGGAUGAUACGAACUUUUGUGCGGAAGAUCGACAUUGUAGUAUCCACUGUAGAUACGGUUAUCAACGACAGGGCGAUUGUGAUCUCUGCCAAUGCGCCACGCCACAAACCAACGGAUCAAUGCAUACGCCAGGGGUACAUCCUGAAGUCAAACCAGCUAUUGAAAAUACUACUGAUAGCGAAGGUGGCACUGAAGAUAUUGUUCGAAAAGGCCCACAUCAGAAUAAUUCAUAUGGUGUUUUUAUCAAACAAAUUUUAAUUUAUCUAGUAUCUUGUUUAACUGCUCUUAUAUUGAUCAUAGGAGCUGUUGUGUGCUACUGUUAUCGGAAUAACGCAAAGUACGAUGCUGUACAAGUAUAGCACAACAAUUUCAGUAGCAUGUAAAGGAAUUAAUGAGCACCGUAAAGAUAGCUGGUGAUGUAUAAAACUAUCAUUCGACAAAAAAGGGUACACCGAACACCGAACUUUAAACUAUUUGAAUCAUUAUACUUUGUGUUUUUACUACACUUGUUAUCAAAAUAGCUAUUGUUAACCAGAUAUUUCAUUAUCGAAACUUUUAAACAUUUCAAAGUCUGAAUAGCAUGCGAAAGUCUUCCGUAAUUAACGAACUGUACGAGGCUCCGAAAUCUGUCGGUUCACGUAUACUUAAAGUCUAUUAUUACGAAACUACACCCACAAUUAAAAUUUAAAAAUUUAGUUUCGCAACGUUUGUGAUAAAUUGUAUAUAAAUUUUGUGUUCCAUGCAGUUACGACGACUUUAGUUUACAAAUCGAAUUUUACCAAAUUUGAUAUACUAUAAAGUUGAGUUUAGGCACUGUUAGUUUUAUUUGUAGGGUAUUUUUCACCGGCGUGAACUAUUACAACAACGUUGAAAUGUUAAUGUUUGACUGUUUCUAUGAAAAAUGAAAAUAAGGAUAUAGUUUAUUUAAAGUAAUUGAUUUUCCGAUGAACAAAUUUUGAACAAAUAGUAGCACCUAUUGCUGUUGUUAUAAAAUUACCGCCGAUAGUUGUAUAGUUUCGAUUUUUAGUUCGUUUUAGUGCGAUUAUUUUGUCCUUAAAGGAAAUGUAUAUGAAAAUUAAAAGUAUUAUUUAUUAUAUAUUAUUGUUGAAAAAUUUUCUUGUUCGUAAGAUUAGUUAUAUGAGAGAUCAAGACGGUUAAGUACGAUGAUGAUAUGGUGAUACAAAAUAUGAAAAAUGAAAUAAAAAUGCUUCCACAAAAUUCAAUAUUCCUCAGUAAAACAGAAUAAACCACAAAAACCAAUGCUACCAAUCAUAUAGAACAAUUUUGAUUCCGUUUUAGAACAAAAAAAAACUAUUCAUCGUUACAUUUUCUUUCUACAAUAUUUUAGUAAAAACGCAAGAAUAAAUCAACUGUCUAUUGAAUCCGAAUACUAGUAUCUGUAAUAAUAGCUGAAUGUAAUUUUUAAUAUUAAGUGAGUGAUAAAUAAAAGAAAUAUCUCCUAUUCGCCUCGCUUACAUUAUAAAUCAAAAGACUCUUGAAUAAAACUGCAAAAAUAUUGUGCAAACCUCUCAAGUAUGUAUCGUAAAAUCAAUUGUUCCAGCAUCUAUUUUGUAGCAUCAAAAAUCAAAAACAAGUUUCCGAAGCUGUAAGUGUUUAGAGUGUUUAAUUUCGAAACAAUCUUCUUGAUACAAAUUUGUCAGUAUAACAGAAGAACACAGUAUAAUAUCAGCUAUAAAUCAUAUCAUUGAACAAUUCCUUUUCUAUCUGUACAUGGCCACAAAGUAUAAACAUUAGAAUCAUCAUUAGGAAACCGAGGAAACUCGAAGUUUCAUUUUCGUUAUGGAACGAAAGUACACCCAUGUACAUUCAAAGCAUUUUGUGGCUAUCAGUCAUGACAGGAUUUGAAAAGUACAGCAAUAUCAUGGAAAGUAAAAUUUGCGUUGUUAAUAAAAAAAUGAAAUAAAUCUAAAA